AGCUGUUUUUUCAGACCUAGAAUGUCUUUAUUAUUCAAAUCAGUUUCUGCAUACUUCAGGCAGUACUCAAAAAAUGAUUGGUUCAAUUAUUUCGGUUCUACACAUUUUUGGGGGCCUGUUGCUAAUUGGGGACUUCCACUUGCUGCAUUAGGAGACUUUGCUACCAAGGAUCCAGAGUUUAUAUCCGGGCCAAUGACGUGUGCGUUGAUAAUUUAUUCUUCAGUGUUUAUGCGAUUUGCAUGGAGAGUUCAGCCUCGGAAUAUGCUUCUACUCGCUUGCCAUGCAACAAAUUUUUCAGCUCAGAAUUUGCAGCUAGUAAGAUUUGUUAAUCACAAUUAUCUGAAAAAAGAAUAG